AUGGCAUCGGGGAAUUGGUUAAUCUGUGUGACAUUGGCCUUAGUGGCCAUCGUGUCUGUACAAGCUGAGAAAGUAAUGCGUCCCAAAUUCAAAGAUGUCAAGCUGUGGUCGGAUGACAAACAUAUUUCCCACUCCAUCAAAUUUGAUGCCAGUGAUCCGCAUAUCAACUAUACCUUGGAUGUUUUGCAAGAGCUGCACGACAUCGAUAUUAGCCUCCAGUUAAUGGCAACCCAAAAAAUGGACCCCACCUACCAUCUGGCCGUGAAUACCACCCUGAAUUUGUGUCGCAUCUUAAAUUGGCAUACCAAAUCCCCUAUUGGUUCUAUUGUGGCAACAUUCCUGCGGGAGUAUGGCAACAUUAUGGACAAAUGCCCAGUGGCUAAGGGUCAAUAUUAUAUGCACAAAUUCUGGAUACCAGAGGACACUUCAUUGGCCACCUUGCCGGAAAUUGAUUUUGUGGUGAAUUUCCAGGCCUAUCAUGUCGAUGCUGGCAAACAAAAGACAAUGAUUUUGAAUGAUCACAUCACUGGGGAGGUUGUGGUGCAAGAUGUGAAUAAUGUGAAACCGGGUCUGUUGGCCUUGUUGCCCAAGGUACCAGGAGGUUAG